AUGGCAUCAACAGAAGGUUUAUCAGAAGCUCAGCUAAGAGCGCAGAAAAGACAGGAGAGAUUGCUAGCGAAGAGUUCAGACAGAUUGGCUAGACUGACAGGUGGAUCCAAUGAUAGAGUUGUUAGCGAUUUACCACAGAAAGCUACGAAGAGUACAGAGACGAACACGCCACCAAAAGUAGUCGCCAGCGACGAUCCAGACGAUGUCGAUUUGGCCAAAGUUGAACAAAUCGCUAAUCAGGAAAAUGAUGAGGUAGCAAAUGAAGCUGCAUUUCAAACUCUAUUACAAAAAAGAAGCGAUGAUAUCCCAACCGUACCAUCACUCGAAGAAUUACUCGCUCAACAGCCAACUACACCUUCCAGGGUGGAGGAUAGCAACAAAAACGCUCGUUUGUUAGCAAUUAUAAGGGUCUUUAGAGUUAUCUCAGUUAUUAGUUUAACUGUAUUUGCUGUCAUGCACUCUUCUCUCCUCCCCUGGCACGAAUCAUUCUCAGUUCUGGCCAGUGCAGAUCCCGAGAAGAGGCUCCAGGAAGGAUCAGCAGCAGGUAUAGAAUUCUUUCCAUUAUGGUCAACACUCUUACCACUUCAAAUCUUCUUUUAUGUUCUCACAAGUCAUUUAUCACCACCAUCUAACCGUCUACCAAAACUUCCUGGAUGGAUGACCGCACUUUUAGAUUCACCCUUAGUACCAGAGUAUAUAUCAUUUCUUAGAUGA